GAAGCCGGAAGGUGUGUUUUCCACCUUUUUUUUAUUUUUUUAAAAAAUCUGCUUAUGUUUAUUUUCUCUCUCUCUCUCUUGGUUUGGAGGUUUUUGCAGGAGACAAGCAAGUUGAAUCUCUCUCUCUCUCUCUCUCUCUCUCUCUCUCUCUCUCUGAAGGUGGCGAUGGAGAUCCAUUGCAGACCCAGUACUGUGUGUGCUCCACUUUGAUUGACUCUGUCUCCAAAUCUUCUGAUUUGAACUCCAAUGCCUUCUGCAGCAUACUUCUGAGUAUUACUUAAGGACACAGAGGCAUUAUUGCAUUGCCAACCCUAUAAUGCUGUCAAAGAUGGAUACCUUACACUGAUCCUGCUGGAGUUGCACUUUGGUCAUUUCUAUUAUAUUUGGAGUUACACGUGUGAUUGUUGCCUGUUUCUUUUGCUGGUUACUUAACUAAGCUUCAUGGGUUCCCGAUUCCCAUCCCACCAGCUCAGUAAUGGCCUCUACGUAUCAGGCCGGCCUGAGCAACCAAAGGAAAGACCCCCUACAAUGAGUUCAACAGCCAUGCCCUAUACUGGUGGUGACAUCAAAAAGUCGGGAGAACUGGGAAAGAUGUUUGAUCUCCAUGUAGAAGGCUCCAAGUCAAGGAAGUCUGGACCAUUAACUAAUGCUCCUUCAAGGACUGGAUCAUUUGGAGGUGCAGCCUCACACUCAGGACCAAUCAUGCCAAAUGCUGCAGCUCGUGCAAGCUAUUCUACAUCAGGGCCUGUAACUUCUGGUGGGAUCCCAGGUUCAGUUACAGGAGGAUCAAAUAGGCAGAAGUCCAAUUCUGGACCACUUAAUAAACAUGGUGAGCCAGUUAAGAAGUCUUCUGGCCCUCAAUCUGGAGGAGUAACUCCAGUUGUCCGACAGAAUUCUGGUCCUCUUCCACCAGUACUUCCUGCAACUGGUCUCAUUACAUCUGGUCCUAUUUCUUCAGGCCCACUCAACUCAUCUGGAGCCCCUCGGAAGGUAUCUGGCCCUCUGGACUCUAUGGGAUCAAUGAAGCUACAUAGCACCUCAAUUGUUCACAACCAGGCUGUGACUAACCUUAGCCAGGAGGAUGACUACUCCUUCAAGGGGAGCUUCCCAAAGCCAAUAUUGUGGUCGGUGGUUCUGUUGUUUGUGAUGGGAUUCAUUGCAGGAGGUUUUAUUCUUGGUGCUGUCCACAAUGCCAUUCUUCUUAUCGUUGUUGUGGUUCUUUUUGGCGCUGUUGCUGCACUUUUCACAUGGAACACUUGUUGGGGAAGAAGAGCUAUUAUAGGUUUCAUUGCUCGUUAUCCAGAUGCUGAGCUCAGAACUGCAAAGGAUGGACAAUAUGUCAAAGUCUCUGGGGUGGUUACUUGUGGAAAUGUACCCCUUGAGUCAUCCUUCCAAAAGGUUCCUAGAUGUGUCUAUACAUCUACGAGUCUAUAUGAAUACCGGGGAUGGGAUUCAAAGGCUGCCAAUGCAACUCAUCGUCGUUUUACUUGGGGACUCCGAUCACUUGAGAGACAUGUGGUGGACUUCUACAUUUCUGAUUUCCAGUCUGGUUUGAGGGCAUUGGUCAAGACUGGCUAUGGUGCAAGAGUGACACCAUAUGUUGACGAAUCUGUUGUUGUGGAAAUCAACCAGUCAAACAGAGACUUGUCCCCAGAAUUUGUCAGGUGGCUAAGAGAGAGGAACCUUUCAAGUGAUGAUCGUGUAAUGCGCCUGAAAGAAGGGUACAUCAAGGAAGGCAGCACUGUCAGUGUAAUGGGUGUUGUUCAACGGAAUGAUAAUGUACUCAUGAUCGUUCCUCCCCCAGAGCCGUUUUCAACAGGAUGCCAAUGGACCAAAUGUAUCCUACCAGCAAGCCUUGAUGGUAUUGUUUUAAGAUGUGAAGACACAUCAAAGAUCGAUGUCAUACCAGUGUAGCAAGAGGGGUUGGGAGACAGUUUGUUCAGGUAAUGCCGUUUUUGAAAUUUAGAUUGUUGGGUAUUGUUGGUGGUGGUGAUUGUGAUGAAUUUAGGAUGGAGGUGGUGUUUUCCUUUUUUUUUCUUACUUGUAUAGUUUCUGUGGCUUCUUUUCUUCUUUUAGGGUUUGAAAGCUUUUGUAAUUGAGGUGGCUUCAUUAAUAGAAAACUUGAUGUGUUUGAAGAGGAGAUUGAUUUUGGGUUUA